GGCUUUUGACAAUUCAUCGGCCGGGUGUUUUCGUUAAAUCUCUUUUACAUAGAUUUUCGUACGGUCUGCAAAUAGUAGCAAGAAAAUUUAUUUCGAGAUUUGUAGAUUGAUUUAAAUAAAUCCGAAGGAAUCCGUGUGUGUAAAAGAAAUAAUUAAAUAAAAAAUUAUGAGCGGUUUUCCGGGAACCUUUGCCUUUGAUGAAUAUGGCAGACCUUUCAUCAUUUUACGGGAUCAAGAUCAACAAAAACGUAUCACAGGCACAGAUGCCAUAAAGAGCCACAUUUUGGCUGCACGCCAAAUUGCCUCCACAAUUAAGACCUCUUUGGGUCCCAAAGGUUUGGAUAAGAUUAUGGUUAGUCCUGAUGGUGAUGUUACCGUUACCAAUGAUGGUGCUACUAUUAUGAAACUCAUGGAUGUUGAACAUGAAAUUGGCAAAUUAAUGGUCCAGCUGUCACAAUCACAAGAUGAUGAAAUUGGUGAUGGUACCACUGGUGUUGUAGUCUUGGCUGGAGCCUUGCUCGAACAAGCCGAGGGUCUCAUCGAUCGUGGCAUCCAUCCCAUACGUAUUGCUGAUGGUUUUGAAUUGGCUGCUCAGUGUGCUGUUAAGCAAUUGGAAGCCAUUGCUGAACCCUUCCCCAUUGAUCCCAACAAUAAGGAACCUUUGAUUCAAAUUGCUAUGACAACUUUGGGUUCAAAGAUUGUCAAUAAGUGUCAUCGUCAAAUGGCCGAGAUGGCUGUAGAUGCUGUCUUAAAUGUAGCCGAUAUCGAAAAGAAAGAUGUCAAUUUUGAAUUGAUUAAGAUUGAAACCAAAGUUGGCGGUCGUAUGGAAGAUUCUAUGUUGGUUAAAGGUGUUGUUGUCGACAAGACCAUGAGUCAUGCUCAAAUGCCCAAGACAUUGCGUGAUGUCAAAUUGGCUAUUCUCACCUGUCCCUUUGAACCCCCAAAGCCUAAGACCAAGCAUAAGUUGGAUGUCACCUCCGCUGAAGACUACAAGGCAUUGCGUGAAUAUGAACAAGAGAAAUUCAUUGAUAUGGUUAAGAAGGUCAAAGAUGCUGGUGCUACUUUAGCCAUAUGCCAGUGGGGCUUUGAUGAUGAAGCCAAUCACUUGUUGUUGCAACACGAAUUGCCUGCUGUCCGUUGGGUGGGUGGUCCUGAAAUUGAAUUGAUUGCCAUUGCUACCGGUGGCAGAAUUGUACCACGUUUCGAAGAAUUGACUCCUGAGAAAUUGGGUACUGCUGGUCUGGUUAGAGAAGUUUCCUUUGGCACCUCCAAGGACAAGAUGCUGGUCAUCGAGGAAUGCAAAAACUCUAAGGCUGUUACUAUUUUCUUGCGCGGUGGCAAUCAAAUGAUUGCAGCUGAGGCUAAACGUUCCAUUCAUGAUGCUUUGUGUGUUGUUCGUUCUUUGGUUAAGGACUCCCGCAUUGUAUAUGGUGGUGGUGCUGCUGAAAUCAGCUGCUCUUUAGCCGUUGCCAAGGAAGCCGAUCAACUCUCCACUUUGGAACAAUAUGCCUUCCGUUCGUUCUCCGUUGCUUUGGAAAACAUCCCAUUGGCUUUGGCCGAAAACAGUGGUUUGCAUCCCAUUGAAACUUUGUCUGAAUUGAAGGCACGUCAAGUAGCUGAAAACUGCCCCAGCCUAGGUGUUGACUGUAUGUUAACCGGAGAUUCUAACAUGAAAAACCACAAUGUUGUUGAAUCUCUCAAUUCCAAGAAACAACAGAUCUUAUUGGCCACUCAAUUGGUUAAGAUGAUUUUGAAAAUUGAUGAUGUACGUUCCAAGAAUCAGGGCGGUGAUUACUAAAGAGUUUCACAGUUCGGUUUGAAGUACAUUAAACUUAAUUUUAAUUUCAUCUACAAAAAGAAAAUACAUUAACCAACUUUAGGUUGCACUAAAUUGUUCAAGUUUCCCCCUUCUUUCAUUCAUACUUUACUUUUUACUUAUUCUUUUUCUCUUUUGUUUAUUACACCAUCAUUUAACAAUAUUAAAAGAAAAACUGUAUUAUUUGUUUGUUUUCUCGAUGGAUGGUUUUUCGAAAGAGAGACCGGCCUUAGAGUUUAAAAUAAAAAGAAAAUUGAAAAACAA